CCUCAGAGGGUGCGGACCUGGAGGAGGCGCCCGAGAAGGCGGCGUCUCUUGGAGGAAGUUUGCCCCUUAAUUGAGAGCCCAGUUCCCCGUCGCAUCAACCUCCUGGAGCGAGCAGCGAGCGGCCGGAGCGAGCAGUCAGUCCCGCCCCGGGUACGACCCGGCAGACGCCGCGCUCAGCACACGCCGGCACCGCGGCCAUGGGCGGCUCGGUCUCCAGCCAGCUGGACGAGGGCAAGUGCGCCUACAUCCGAGGGAAAACUGAGGCUGCUAUCAAAAACUUCAGUCCCUAUUACAGUCGCCAAUACUCUGUGGCUUUCUGCAAUCAUGUACGCAGUGAAGUAGAACAGCAAAGAGAUUUAAGAUCACAAUUUUUGAAAACCAAGCCACCUUUGGAGCCUGGGACUGUUUUGUAUGAAGCAGAGGUAUCCCAGUUUGCUGAUGAUAUAAAGAAAUGGAAGGACAGAUACAUUGUGAUUAAAAAUGAUUUUGCUGUGGAGAGCUAUGAGAACAAAGAGGCCUAUCAGAGAGGAGCUGCUCCUAAAAGCCGAAUUCUUCCAGCUGGUGGCAAGGUGUUAACCUCAGAAGACAAAUACAAUUUAUUAUCUGAUCGGCAUUUCCUGGACCCUCUUGCGCCCAGUGAGAAAGAGAAUGCUCAGCCCUUUGUGGUCCUGCCCAAGGAAUUCCCGGUGUACCUGUGGCUGCCAUUCCUCAGACAUGGCUGCUUCUGUUUCCAGGAGGCCUCUGAGCAGAGGAAGUUCAGUGCUGUCCUGAGUGACUGCAUCAGACAUCUGAAUCACGAUUACACGAAGCAGAUGACAUUUGAAGCCCAAGCCUUUUUAGAAGCUGUGCAAUUCUUCCGGCAGGAGAAGGGUCACUAUGGCUCAUGGGAAGUGAUCACUGGGAAUGAAAUCCAGAUCCUGAGUAACCUGGUUAUGGAGGAGCUCCUGCCAACCCUCCAGAUGGACCUUCUGCCUAAAAUGAGGGGGAAAAAGAAUGACAGAAAGAGGACCUGGUUCAGUCUCCUCGAGGAGGCCUACAACCUCGUUCAGCAUCAAGUUUCAGAAGGAUUAAGUGCCUUGAAGGAGGAAUGCAGGACUCUGACAAAGGGCCUGGAAGGAACAAUCCGUUCAGACAUGGAUCAGAUUGUGAACUCAAAGAACUUUUUAAUUGGAAAGAUCAAAGCAAUGGUAUCCCAGCCAGCUGAGAGAAGCUGUGCGGAGAGUGUGCAGCCAUUCCUGGCAUCCAUUCUGGAAGAGAUCAUGGGUCCAGUGAGCUCAGGAUUCAGUGAAGUUCGCACACUCUUUGAAAGAGAAGUGGAUGAACUCAGCCAGAGCUUUCAGACUACAAAAGACAGUGCCCAGCUAAAGGAGCAUCUAGACCAGCUAAUGAAUCUUCCACUGGAUUCUGUGAAGAUGGAACCUUGUUAUGUUAAAGUCGACCUGCUUCAGGAAAGACUGCAGGAUCUCAAGAGCCGCUUCAGAUUCCCUCACGUCGAUCUGGUGGUCCAGAGGACACAGAACUACAUGCAAGAGCUCAUGGAAAACGCGGUAUUCACUUUUGAGCAGCUGCUUUCUCCACAUCUCCAUGGAGAAGCCUCCAAAACUGCAGUUGCCAUUGAGAAGGUUAAGCUCCGUGUCUUAAAGCAAUAUGAUUAUGACAGCAGCACCAUCCGGAAGAGGAUAUUUCAAGAGGCACUGGUUCAAAUCACACUUCCCACUGUGCAGAAGGCACUGGCGUCCACGUGCAAACCAGAGCUUCAGAAAUAUGAGCAGUUCAUCUUUGCAGAUCAUACCAGUAUGAUCCAGGUUGAAAAUGUCUACGAGGAGAUUUUACAUCAGAUCCUCCUUGAUGAAACUCUGAAGGUGAUAAAGGAAGCUGCAAUCCUGAAGAAACACAACUUAUUUGAAGACAACAUGGCCUUGCCCAGUGAAAGUGUGUCCAGCUUAACUGAUCUGAAAACUCCCGCAGGGUCAAACCAGGCCAGCCCUGCCAGGAGAGCCUCCGGCAUUCUGCCAGGAGUCCCAGAUAGUGAGAGCCCGAGUAACGAAGUAUUCCAGGAGUCAGAGGAAGAGAAGCAGCCUGGGGUUCCUACUCCGCUGGCCGAGGAAGAAAGCACUUCUUUCUCUGUGCCCAGCCCUCCUCCAGGUGGGGACGGGCAGCUGAUUAUUUCAAGCAUCGAAGACCCCGUGAAUCUUGUGGCUGCAGAGGACGAGGCAGGACCCCUGGGCACACAGAAGUCAGAACUGGAGUUGGAAGAGAUUCCUGAGGAAGAGGGAGCUGCCUGUGGAGACCCAGAAGCCAUCUCUGCCUCAGGCUCUUUGAAGGAACUCAGAAAAUUGUUGACAGUGGCUGUUGAAGUGCCAGUGGAGUCUGCCCUCAUGAUCGAAAAAGAUGCAAGUGAGGAGACCCUUUUGUCCCAAGAAAAUGAAAACGAAGAGGAAAACACCCAGAUCGACACAGCGGCCAACCAGGCUCCUGCCUCCCAUCAGAAUCACCGUGAAGAAAGUGAGGGCGGUGAGCGGGAGGCCCAUCCUCCCUCCCCAGAGGCCAGCAGGAGGGAGGUGGAGGGAUUUCCAGAAGCCAGCAGCCCUGCCUCCCAGCCAGCCUGCGGAGGGCUCACCGAGGGGGCCAGUCGCCUGGACCCCACCGGUGAGCCGGGUGAGGAGGAUGAGCCGGUGGAGGAGGGGGAGCCCCCUGAGCCGGGGCUGGCAGGGAGGGCUGCCAACCUGGAUGGCGAAGAGGGUGGGGUCAUGUGCUCUGUGGAGGACGAGGCGGUGGCCCCGGAGGAUGGCCUGCUCAGUUCUGAUCACGGCUGCCCUCGUGAGAGCCAGGUUUCGGUGGAACAAGAAGCGGCAGAAGGGAAUAGUAGCAUGGCCCCGGCUCGUACCAGCAUGGGUACAGCCAAGAUUGAGGCUGCCGGUGUUCAUGAGUGUCAGUGGGUGGUUGAAAAUACUCCAAACACCGAUAUCCUAGAUUCACACGAAGAUGAUGUGAGGGAGAGAGAAGAUUGUCAGGAGAGCUCCCCAGAGCAGCCCUCAGAGAUGUGAAAAGGACUGGUUGGCAAAAGUCUCUUUUUGAAUAAGGUCAGUCAAAGGGUGAUAAGGGGUGCACUUAGGGACUGCAUGCAAGACCUUCCAGGAGAAAAAAUUAUUAAGUAUUUCCUUAAUUUGGAUAAUAAAGCCAAAGGCAAAGUGCACAGGGUGUGAGCACAGAGCCAAACCUUUGUGUAAUUGAACCGUUCUACCAUGAAUUAUUGCUUUAAUGCUUUAAUAGGAACUACAAAGACAAUGAGGUGUUUGGGGUUAGAGGCAAGCUGAGAGUGUUAGAAGGAGGGAGUGGUGUUGCAGUUAAGACAGAAAACAGUAGGAACACGUUUUUCAAUACACUGCAUGUUUCAGUGGUGCAAUCUUCUAAUGCACUUUAAGGCUUUUCAGGUUUUUUGUAAGAAUACAGAGGUAUAUGGUAAAUCCAGCUUCACCCUCUACUGUACCAGCCUCCCCGUCUCUGCAGAUAUCAGCAUUCAUUCACAGGUAGGCUACAGGAAAGGGUAGUUUGUGAGCACCAGGCACCCUGCAGUGUGCAGCUCUCAGAGCCAAUCAUGCCUGCUAAGGUUCAGAGGAAGCAGAACUGGAGAGAAAAGCAGAGGUCUGUGGAACUGUCUGGGCCUGUUAAUAAUUCUGCUCUCAACUUCUUGUUAAUUAAUCUUGUUGAUUCUUAUUAAUUAAUCACCUUUUGGAGAAAGUCAGAUGAGGUAAGAAAAUUUCACUGGCAUAUUUAAGCCUGAAAGCAUUCCAAAUUAGCCCUAGACUGUGCAGAGAAAAAGCUUAGCUAAAUUAUUGAGCUUAAAGCCUGCCAAUUAAACAAAUAUUAUUUGAGCAGCCACUGUCUGCUAUCUACUAUAUUAGGCAUAGCAAUUUUAAAAAAACAAGAUGAGGCAGUUUGUCUAGUAUAAAUUAAAAGGCCCAAGUGAAUUCAAUCAAGAAGAAAAGAAAAUGCCAGUUUUCAAACUGUGACAGUUUUCUGUCUGUCCGUUGAAGCAGUCUUGAUUCUUUCCCAGAAGGUAACAUGAAUAAAGACAAAAGCUAAGGUGUAGACCAUCAAGUUUGAAAAAUGUUACCAAAAGUGGAAAUCAUUGGUUCAGUUGUUCAGCAAAUUAAUUGAAUUCCUAUUAUAUACCAGGUGCUGGAGAUGCUGUGGUGAAAAAGACUCUAUCCCUUUCUCCUGGAGAAAAUGCUUUAGUGGAAAUAGAGACAAAUAUAAAUACAUUUCUAAAUGGAUCAUGACCUAUAACCGUUAAGGUUAAAGGUCAAAUGGUCUUAAUUGCAAAAGCUUAAAAAAGAUUUGUUCUAUUGUCCUUCAGAAAACAAAACAAAAUAAAAUGCAGAUUAUUUCCUAAGAGCUUCAAUCCCAAGUACUGCAUUUUGAAGUUUCCUUCCACAGGUUUUAAUAUUAGAUCCCAGCAUAAUUCCCAAGAGUUUAUUUUGAUCUUCAGCAAUUAAGUUGUAUCACUUUAGACAGUUUGUCCCACAGUUUAACUAUUUAACAAGAAAUUAAAAUGCCUCCCACUCCACCCCUCCCAUGAAGAAUUUCUUGGAUUUCUGAGUCAUAAAGGAUGAAAAAUGAUCAGUAUCAUUAUACUCUCAUACUGAAUUGUUUUAACUUUUAUAAAGUGCUUACAUCUUUAGGUCUGUGAAGGAUCUCUUCAUAGGUAAAGGAGGCAGAGGCCACUUCUCCCCUGGGUCCCUGCAGUAUCUGGAAUUGGCCCAUAUAUCCUGCACUUUGCAUGGAGUACUGAAAUUAUGUUUGCUUCCUGUCUCUCCCAGGAUGUCUCUCCAAGGGGAUCCUGUCUUCAAGGACAGGAACUAGAUUUUAGUCAUAUGUGCUUCUUGCUAGAAAUAUACAACCUUGAAGAAUGGCUUCCUGCCUCCUCAAGUCACUUUAAUACCCUGCUGCCUAGCACGGGAACUGGAAAGUGUCAGGCUGCUCAGAAAGUGUGGGAGCUGAACACCCGCUACACAGCUGUGCUGGGGCUGUUUGGGGCUUGCUGUCAGGCAGGGAAAUGUUUUUAAUUGGGCUUUCUGCCCUUGGUGACUCGUCCAAAGUCCAUGGGACAGAUGGCCAGGUGCGUUGCCCAGUAAGGGAAGGAGUGCCAGCCCCAUCAAAGUCUGCCCUUCUCUGGGAGAGUCUCAGCUGGUGAGAGGUCCCAACCUGGGGUGCCCUCCUCCAACUCCAGAGCCUCCCGCCUUCCUCCCUGUGCUCACCUCAGGGCUUCUCACCCCCGCCCCCACAAAGCUGAGAGAUUUUUCCAGCCCUACAAGAGAACAUAUUUCACUGCAUUGGGUGGAUGAACACCAGUGCCCUUCCUUUAUUUGUCUUAUAGGCUAGAGGGGAUUAGGCUCUAAGUGGGAGGAAGUACUCAAGAACAUGGAUGAAGAGUUUUCGGUACAUAUUUCACAAAAGACAGGUUCAGGAGAAUAAACAAAAAUAGUUGUCCCAUUUCAAAAUGGGUAGUAAGCUAAAGUGCAUUUUAAAUAUUCUUUAAUUCAUCUUAAUAUGUUGAAUGGAAAAAUCUGACUUACCAUGAGUUUGUCUUGCUUUUAAUAUGGAGUCGUAUGUGUUGCUUCAUUGUUUUCCAGGAUGGAGCAAGGUUAUUGUGGGUCUGGGGUCUAAAUGAGCAUCAUGGAAAGAUUCUGCAUGCUGCUCUGGGGGUCUCUGCUGUGGUGAAUCCAUUAGAAACAUAUAAAGCCUCAAGACAUGGUUUCGGGCAAAAACUCAGUGACUUUAAACUCAUGUUACUAUUGACCUUUUGCAAAGAAAAGGUAUUUUCCUUGAAAAAAUCGGCUUGUCAUUUUCUCCUUUGUGGAUUGGAACAGGGAUCAGAGUGCCCUCCUUAUGCAGAGUAGACUCUCUUUUCAAAGGAAGGGUUUUGGAACCCACAGGGAAAAGAUGCCGUUUUGGUCAAAUGUUUUAUAAAGAGGCUGAGUGUGAAGAACUGUAGGUCUUUAGGCCUGACCUCCUAUAUUAAAGAUAUUCUCAAUUCUGGUUUUGUAAUCCUCCAGAUUGAAGCCAGUGAUUUCAAAGGACUUCACAAUUCUCCCUGACAAAAGUGGUUUAAGUCAGUUUUUUAAAUUCAUUAAAAUUUUAAAAUUCAUUAUUAAAAAAGUGCUACAUAGCACUUGUGUAGGGAAGGGAGGGACAUCACUGAAUUAAACAAUAAUAGUUUCACAAGCUAAAAAUUUGACAUGUGCCUUCUUACUUUAUUGCAAACAAAAGGGUUGGGGACUUGCUUUUUGUAGUCUGCGAUCUUAAGAAAAAAAUGUACACUAUAUAUAAAUUGUUUUUUUCUGAUCACUAUAUAAAAGCAAAUAAACUGAAACCACUUUGUAACCACGUAUUUACUCUGUCAAGUGCCUAUAUUCCAAUAAAAUGUUCAUCCUUGAA